GAUCGGGGCUUAGGCUAUUACCGACGUGGGUCCCGCAGAAGUUAUAGAAGAACUGCUGUAACUGCCAACCCUCGUCUCUUCGCCAUCGCCUACAGUUCUACGCAAUGCACUUGUAUAAAUAAAAAAAUAGUGCAGCGAAACUGAUGUAAGCGCCCAAGGGCGUCUUGGCGACCUGAGUGAUGAAAGGCCGGCGAUAGACGGGGCUUCUCCGAUUCCGCCGGUAAUGCGAAGCUGAAAAUAUUUGUGGGAUCUGUAGAUGCCUGCCCUCGCCUCCCAGUCGAGGCGCCACGGCGGGGCCGAGAGCCGAGGUCACGAUGGCCAUAGGGCCAGCCGCGGCGGGGGCCACGACAGUGGUGCGUACUACGACAGCGACGCCCCGCCGCCUCCUGCAUCGCGUGGAGGGGCUCGUCCCAGCAGCCGUCAUCACAGCACGGCCGCCUACUUUCCUGACGGCAGCGGCCACAACCGCCAGCCCCACGGCGCGUACGACGACGACGCCGGCGCCGCCAACGGCGCUGGGCAGGGGGGGCCCCAGGUGCAGAUGCCUGGACCUGACCUGGCCAGCGGGGGGGCAGGGGGCUUGUCGGGGGUGAGAGACCCGUACGACAAACCCACACGCAACCAGCUGGCCGGUGCCCAGAGCCGGCUUCGCCAGGACAAACGGAGCGGGGCGCUGAUGGAGGUCGCGAGCCGCUACCGCACCUUGUUUGCGGGCAGCCACAUCGUGCGCAAGGGGUUGAGGCGGAGCAUAGGCGAUGCCUACGCGGCGUACGUGGGGCAGGUGGUGAACCUGCCCGACGACACCUACGCACUGGCGUUGAGGGCUCUGGACGGAACCUUCUCUGCCAAGCAGCAGACCAACUGCGCAGUGGAUUUCAACCUGUGGACGUCGCCCUUUGCCACCUCACGCGCCAAGCAUGCGCAAGUCUUUAACACAGCCAAGAAGAUCAUGCGCGACCUGGAGGGCUAUGUGUACGAUGUGUCGUACUACUGCCCCCGCCAACUCGACGAGCUGAGGGAGACGCGGCGACGGGGCGGCGCGCGCACACCCGGGGGCGAGAGCUACAAGGAAGGCGACCAGCUGCAGACCGCCGAGCCGCCCCUGCACAAAGAGGCCGUGCCGGUGGCGCGCCGCGGGGCUGCCGCCGCCACCGCCGCCGCUGCCGCUGCCGCUGCCGCUGCCGCCGGGGCCGGGGCCCAGCACGGCGACGCCACGCAGCCGCGUGUCAACCCGAUCACGGGCGCCAUCCGACAGGCAUACGACGCACGUGACCCACACCAGCAGCAGCACCAGCACCAGGGCCAGCACCAGCAUUCGCCGUCGCCUCAGCGGCCGCGGACCGCGCCGUCGGCGGGCCCGACGCAGCCACGCGGUAGACCCCGGGACUCUGCUGGGGGCGGAGACUCGAGCGCGGAUGAGCGAGGGAGAGCGGGAGGAGGAGGGCGGCCGCGGGGGCGUGGAGGUGCGGCGGGCGCGGCACGGAAUGUGUCGGCGGCCCUGGAUGCGGCGGCGGUGGAAGAGGAGGAGCAGGCGCAGCGGCGCGGCAUGCCGCCGGGGCCGCGGCGCCUGGGCUUCAUGGGGGAGCAGCGCCUCAGGGGCCUGCGCCGCCUGUCCAGCCCGGCUAUGUACAUCAAGACGCCGCCGCACUACAAGAUUUCCAACUACUACAGCCACGUCAGCCCCACCGAGGACGUCUUGGGGUUUAUGCACAAGCGGCUGCAUCAACAGGCGGAGCGGCGCAAGCAGGUGCAGCAGGACAAGGUGGCGGCGGCGGCGGAGGCGGGCGUGGACUUUGGCCAGCCGCCGGCUGACGCGGCGGCCGCGGCGGCGGCGGCAGUGGAUGAGGCGGCCGCGCAGCAGCAGGAGCAGCUGAAGGUGAUGGAGAAGAUCCUCAAGCUGGGCACGCGACACGCCGGACCCGUGCCCCGCGGCGGCAAGGGCGCUUUCCAGAUGGGCGGCGGCCCCGGCACCUCCCGCUCCUCCCCGCGCGCCUCGCCCGGCCGUGACGGCAACGACACCCCCGUCCUCAUCACCACCUACAACCUGCCGCCACAACCCGACCCGGCGGCGGCGGCAGCCGCCGCCGCCGCCCGCCGCUACAGCACCGGCGGCGAGGGCGGCGCGCCGCCGUCCGAAACGGACCGCAUCAUGUGGAUCGUGGAGACGGCGUACGACCUGGGUCUGGCGGAGGUGCUGGGACUGGAGGGGCCGCCGCAGUACCCUCGCAGCCGCCGUAUCUCGCCCGUGAAGUACCGCCGGCAGUACUAUGACGCGCUGUACGGCAGCCCCGAGCGGCUGUACGGGCCUGCAGAUGCGGCGGCGGCGGCGGCGGCACCGGGCCAUCGGGGCAUGUCGCCGGUGACGCCGAUCAUGGGCGUUGCACGGCCCCCGCGUGCGGCUUCACCGCUGUCGCCGCCGCAAGCGGCGGCGGGUCACCCGCCACAGCCGCAGUACCAGGGGGCUGCAGGGGCGCCGGCGGUGGCGGCCGCGGGGGCAGCCAACCCGUACGGGUAUGCGUACCCGUCGCCGCCGCCGCCGCACCACCCGCCGCCGCCUGGGUACUACAGCCACGUGCAAGUGCCGCCGGACUGGCAGGGGCCCACGGGGUAUGCGGUGGAGGUGGCGGCGGCGCGGCGGCGUGUGCACGAGGCGUACCCCGACCCGCCUGCACAGUGGUACCCGCGCAGCCGCCGCAUCAGCCCCUGAAGAACGAAGGGCCCGUGGCUGCAGGUCCCGAGGGGAAGUUGCGCGAGGGUGCUGUGUUUGGACGGUCUUUUUAAUUGUUGCAGCUGUGAGGGGAUGGGUGCACGCGGGUGGUAGAUGGUGAAUAGGGCGGGCACUUUGUUCGAUCAGCUUGGCGAUGCGAAGAAUGUCGCUUGGUGGAAUGGCUUGGCGGGCAGGAAACGGAAAGGUCAUUGCUAUGUUUGGCGAACGUCUGCCUUCCGGGGCCUUCCGGGGCUUUUGUAACUUGGGCCACAA